CUUACUUCCUCAAACCUCCUUAAACUUUUUUUUAAAUCUCAAGGAACGAUACUCACAUUGAUAUCUUGAAAUCGUAUUCUGCGAACAAUGGCGCAGCAAAUCACGGCCCGCAAGCAGCAAGGUACAAACCCUUAUUACAUAUUGGAACUCUCAAAACUAACUAUUUACAAGAGCUUCAAAACCAGUACACAAGCUACAAAAAUGGUCUGCAGCAGAUAGCCUCAAAAAUUGGUGACGUAGAGACAGAAGCAGAGGAGCACAAGUGAGUUCCAGACUUGUUUUUUUACUCCUCACAGAAAGGCAUUACUUCCCUAGGUUUGGGAUAUCAUGAACGCACAUUUGACAACUCAAAAUCUCACCGCUUGAAAGCCUCAUGCUCACCGCAAUUAUUCCAAUAGACUUGUUCUCGAAACGCUUGAACCUCUUCCUGGCGACCGAAAGUGCUUUCGAAUGAUAAAUGGUGUGUUGGUUGAGCGGACUGUAAAGGAUGUGGUGCCGGCUCUAAAGACAAACUCAGAAGGUCUACGGAAAGUCCUAGAAGAUUUGGUCAAGCAAUACAACAGCAAACAGUCUGAGAUGGAGAAAUGGAAGGUACUGAAGCAUCAAUUCCCUGGUUUAGAAAUCACCUGCUGACGAGUGUCGUUGCACAGAAGAAGAACAAUAUUCAGGUCGUGCAGCAGUGAUAGCGCCGGCACUUGUCACAUAUAUUGGAGUAUGGGCGUUGCAUCAACAACAAAGAUGGGUGAAAUCUACUUUGGCUUAUAAGGCGGUCAAUAAGGUGGCAAGGACUUGCCGGGCCAUCCUUUUGCAUAAAGGGGAAGUAAAUUUGACAUACGCGGGGAAGCAUUCAUGCCCAAGAUUUCGAGUUGUCAGAAACUGAGUUACUUCGAAGGUUGUGAUAUUCUUAUGUGCAUCAUGAGAGCCCUGUACGACGUCAUAGUAAUAUUGGAUUGCUCGUAAAUCGGUGGAUAAAUGAGAACAUCUAGACCCGAUAU